AUGGUAGAUUCUCCAUUAUCUCCAGAAUUACCGACCCUUCAAGAUCAAGAAUUUCCUGAAAAUUCGCUUUUGAAUGAUAAUGAUACUUCUUGGUUUCCAAAUUCGCUUUUGAAUGAUAACGAUUCUUCCCUUUGGUUUACAAAACGAGAUUCCAUACGAGAUUCCAUACUUGACAAUAGCAUUUAUGACAAUGACAAUUCACUUAGAAAAGAAUACAGAACACUGCUAAAGUUGAAUGAAAUGUUUGAAAAAGUGAACAAUAAUAUGGAUCAAACGAAUCUAAAUUUGCAGGUAAAGAUAUUAAAUGAUGAUUCUAAUUGUUUAUAUUACGUGUUAGGUAAAGAAUCGAUAAAAAUAUUGGGGGACCAAUUAUUAGAUAUAUGGAUAAAUAUAUUGUCUCAAAGUAUACAUACACAACAAUUGCUUUCAGAUCCAUCAUGGCAAGGCUCUUCGGCGCGCGUAUUGGAAGAGCAGGCAAAAGAACGAGAGCGUCAAGAAAAGUUAACACGAUUACAGCAAGAGCGACUUGAACGAGAACGUUUGAAGCAAGAGCGUUUGGAACAAGAGCGUUUGGAGCAAGAGCAGUAA